UUAUGAGGGUUUAAUAAAAUUUGUUAUUCCUCCUUGUGUUGAUUUUAAAUUCAAUAUUUCAGAUUAUUGUUAAUAUAAUUUGUAUAUACAACAUUGAAAGAAUGUUGCAAUAUUUCAGAUUAUUCAGUGGUUUAAGAUUACAAUCAAAACAAGUUUUCAGAACAAUCCCUGUUUGUUUAUCUUCAAAGGCAAGCUCUCUCGAUUACCAAAAUUGCUAUAGCAAUGAUGAAUUAGAAAAGAUUCUUAACAUUAUCAAUCAUUGUUCGGAACAAGAUUUGAGCACGUUUGAUAUAUCAAAACAAAGGCUGAAGAAAAUAGAGAUAAGAAAGCAGAAACAAGGAGAAUUUACAACAGUUGAAGAUAUUCUAGAGCUAGAUGGAUUUGGAGCGAAAGUUUUAGAAAAAUUUUGCAACAGUAUUUUGAAACAUUCUUCUGAUCAAACUUUAAAUGAUCAGAUUUCGUCAGCUUCCAAAGAUGAACAAUUUUCAUCAGCCGAAUCAAUAAUGAAGAAGAAACAACAAUUUGUAACUCCAGUUAUUCAAGAAAACUCCAGAAAAAAUAUCAAAACAUGUGUUUCUUUUCAUUUUGACUCUAAUUGUAUUGCGUGGACAAAGCUAGGUUUAAUGGAAACCAGCGACGAUGUUAAACCUAUUUCAGUCCAGGAAUGGGACAGUUUUGAGAUUAGCAAUGAUAAUAGAAAGAGAACAUUGUCAGAACUCAUUCAAAUACUUAUUUAUCUUAAUACCAAAAUUCCUCAUGCUGACGCUUACGUCUUUGAAGCUCAAAGAUCGAUUCAAGCAGCAAAGCAACCCGGAAGCAUAAUUCAGAUGAAUAUCAAUCUUCAAAAAUCGCAAAUUCACGCGAUGUUAAGUGUAUUGAUGGCAUCACGAGGAAACGUCAAAUACUCAAUUGUUGACGAUAAUCUCGAAAAUCAAUUAGAACAUUCAAAGUUUCUAAAUGAUCAUCUAACAAUUUACUUCCUUAAAUCAUUUCUAGCAUCUCGUUUGUUUAAUGUCUACAUUGGUAAUGAAAGAGUUUCGACCGAACAUAUUGUCAAUGACAUUUUGCGUUAUAAUUAUGAUAAAGAACAGCCAAAAAAUCAUUUAUUUAAUUCAAUUGAUGUUUCACAACAAUUACGAGAGUUAUACAACGACAGUAAAAGAAUUGAGAAAGAUUACUUAGGACAAUCAUUUCUUAUCGGUUUAACGUUUAUGAAAUUGUGUAUUUUGAAAUGUCCACAAAGCAUGUCUCAGUUGAAUAAAAGGGAAAAAUAA